AUGUCUGAAGAACACAACUGGAAAUUUGCUCAGUGCUUUGGUGACAAGGGUGACUCUGAUGAUAUUACGGAUGCUGACAUCAUCUCAACUGUUGAAUUUGAUCAAACUGGUGAUUACCUUGCUACAGGUGACAAAGGUGGACGCGUUGUUUUAUUCGAGAGAAAUGAGAGCAAAAAGAACUGCGAGUAUCGUUUCUACACCGAAUUCCAAUCCCAUGAAGCAGAAUUUGACUAUUUGAAGAGUUUGGAGAUUGAGGAAAAGAUCAACAAGAUCAAAUGGUGCAAAAGACAGAAUUCAGCCCACUUUCUAUUAUCCACCAACGACAAAACCAUCAAGUUGUGGAAAGUGUUUGAUAAAUCUCUCAAGCUGGUGACUGAAAACAGUAUCGCUCCAAACAACACUCCUGUCAAUACCCUUCGUUUACCAAAAUUGACUCAUCACGAUACCAUUGUCGCUGCUGUUCCCAGAAAAGUCUAUGCGAACGCACACACCUAUCACAUCAACUCUAUAUCCAUCAAUUCUGAUGGCGAGACAUACAUUUCCGCUGAUGAUUUGAGAGUGAACCUUUGGAAUUUGGAUGUUUCAGAUCAAAGUUUCAACAUUGUGGAUAUCAAACCUGCCAACAUGGAGGAGUUGACCGAAGUAAUUACAGCUGCUGAAUUCCAUCCUGAGCAAUGUAAUGUCUUUAUGUACAGUUCUAGUAAGGGCACUAUCAAAUUGAGUGAUAUGAGAGAAUCUGCAUUGUGCGAUCAGCAUGCUAAAGUCUUUGAGGAAGCUGAAGAUCCUGCCCACCGUUCAUUCUUUUCUGAGAUCAUCUCUUCUGUUUCUGAUAUCAACUUUAGUCAUGAUGGUCGAUACAUUCUUUCAAGAGACUACUUGACAUUGAAGAUUUGGGACAUCAACAUGGACAAUAAGCCUGUGCAAACCAUCAACAUCCACGAUCAAUUGAGAGCAAGAUUAUGUGAUUUAUACGAGAAUGAUUGCAUCUUUGACAAAUUUGAAUGUACUUUUAGCGGUGAUGACAGUCAUGUUAUGACAGGUUCCUACAACAACAUGUUCCACUUGUAUGAUCGUGAGGGCAAAACCGAUAUCGCUCUUCAAGCAGACAAGAGUGCAUUCAGAUCCAAGCGCCUCGGUUCUUCAAAGAACAAGAUGUCUAUGGCAAGAAACUCAAACCCCAAUGCUGAUAAUAUGGACUUCAACAAAAAGAUCUUGCAUUCUUCUUGGCACCCACAAGAAAAUACCAUUGCUAUUGCUGCAACCAAUAAUUUGUUUAUCUUUACGGAGCAAUAA